GCCAAAUAAUAAUGCAAAAAUGUUGAAGGAACUCAUGCACAAGCAUGUGUAAUACUAUCUCCAUCUAACCCCAUUUUAGUCAUUUCAGAAACUAUCAUUUUUUUUUGGGACCCAAAAAAGUGUUAUACUUUCAGUUUCGGACAAACAAACAAACAAAUCAGUCAUUUCAGAGACUAUUAUUUUUUUUGGGACCGAUCACAAAAAGUGUUAUACGUUCAGUUUCGGACAAACAAACAAACAAAUCAGCUUUGCCUUAACGCUCCUCUGUCGCUCUCCUAACUCACUUGACUCACAUUUGACCUGGGAAAGGAAAUCGGGCUUUUCUUUUUUUAUUCUUUUUUUAAAGAAUGGGUAACUGUAACGGUCUUCCCUCCGCCGAUAACCAGUUCCGACCAGACUCCGACUCUGGCGGUGGUCCCCACCAUGGCAUCAGCGUCAAACCUGCCGGCCCAUCACCGCUAAGACCCCAACAACCUUCAACCCGCCAUCACUAUUCCUCCGCCGCCUCCAACAACCGCCUCGCCACCUCCACCACUCCACCCAUCGGUCGUGUGCUCGGCCGUCCCAUGGAGGACGUCCGGUCUACGUACGUCUUCGGCCGCGAGCUCGGCCGUGGGCAGUUUGGUAUUACCUACUUGGUGACUCACAAAGAAACCAAGCAGCAGUUCGCUUGUAAAUCUAUCGCCACGCGUAAGCUUAUCAACCGAGAUGAUAUCGAAGACGUACGCCGUGAAGUCCAGAUCAUGUAUCACCUCACCGGCGACAGGAACAUUGUGGAGCUGAAGGGGGCUUAUGAGGAUCGGCACUCGGUGAAUCUGAUUAUGGAGCUGUGUGAGGGAGGGGAGUUGUUUGAUCGGAUUAUAGCGAAAGGUCAUUAUUCAGAGAGGGAGGCGGCUAAUUUGUGUAGGCAAAUCGUGAUGGUGGUGCAUAGCUGUCAUUCCAUGGGGGUGAUGCACAGGGACUUGAAGCCUGAGAAUUUCUUGUUCUUGAGUAAGGUCGAGGAUUCUCCAUUGAAGGCUACAGAUUUCGGGCUCUCUGUAUUUUUCAAGCCAGGAGAUGUUUUUAAGGAUCUUGUUGGAAGUGCUUACUAUGUAGCUCCAGAAGUAUUGCGCAGACGUUAUGGACCUGAAGCUGAUAUUUGGAGUGCCGGGGUGAUCCUUUACAUUCUCCUUAGUGGGGUCCCACCAUUCUAUGGAGAAACUGAACAGAGUAUCUUUGAUUCUAUUCUUCGGGGUAAUAUUGAUUUCUUAUCAGAUCCAUGGCCCUCUGUUUCCAGCAGUGCUAAAGAUCUUGUGAGGAAGAUGCUACGAGAUGAUCCUAAAGAACGGCUUUCAGCAUUUGAAGUCCUAAAUCAUCCAUGGAUGCGUGAAGAUGGUGAUGCAUCUGAUAAGCCUCUUGAUAUUGCUGUUUUAACUAGAAUGAAGCAAUUCAGGGCAAUGAAUAAACUCAAAAAAGUUGCUCUAAAGGUAAUUGCAGAAAAUCUGUCUGAAGAAGAAAUCAUAGGUUUGAAGGAGAUGUUCAAAUCCAUGGACACUGAUAACAGUGGAACAAUCACCUUUGAGGAGUUAAAAGCUGGCCUUCCUAGACUUGGUACUAAGCUUUCUGAGUCUGAAGUGAGGCAGUUAAUGGAAGCGGCUGACGUUAAUGGAAAUGGAACGAUUGAUUACAUUGAGUUUAUAACAGCUACCAUGCACUUGAAUAGAAUGGAAAGAGAAGAACACUUAUACACUGCCUUCCAACACUUUGACAAGGAUAAUAGUGGGUAUAUUACAAUGGAAGAGCUAGAGCAGGCCCUUAGGAAGUAUAAUAUGGGUGAUGAGAAAACAAUAAAAGAGAUCAUCACAGAAGUUGACACAGAUAUGGAUGGAAGAAUUAACUAUGAUGAGUUCGUUGCCAUGAUGAGAAAAGGCACCCUGGAGUUGGUUGGAAACCGACAAUGCAAGUAAGCUGAAUGCAGCGAGCAUCUCUGCUGGCUCAAAUUCAUGUCUCGACUGGUUUGUUUAUUUGUGCGGUUUUGUUUUGACCACAAUGACGUGUGAUCUCAGUUUCACUACCUGGGAUCAUGAGAUAGUCCAUGCUUUAUGAAAUCAUUAGUGGUUUGUCUAUUCCUGCCCUUUGCCACAGAAAUGAAACAGAUUGCCAUCAAACCGGGGGAGAGUGCAAUUAUAUCAAGGUUCGGCUGAUUUAUUGGUUGAAUGCCAGAGUGCGAAAUUAAUAUGAACUUAAACUUUCCUCAGAUGCGUUACAGAUUAAGAGAGGGAGGCGCAUGAUUUUUAGUUUUUGCUUGUUUGUACAUUGUGCAAUUGCUAGACCAUGACAGAUGCGAUGUUGAAAUGGGGCACGGCCAGUUGAGCAUUCAGCGAGUAGAGAGCCACAUUUAUUGCCGCAUCAAUAUGGCGCAAAUCCUCUCCGUGUUGGCUGUAGCAACUGGCAACUGAAUGAAGUCUAGCAGAUGCUAAGGUUCAACCCACUUAAUUCAAUAUGUUGUUUAGGAAUUUGAUAUUUAAUGCAUUUUAGUUUUAUACAAGCAGCAUGGCUUUCAAUUGGUAUGAACUGCAGCCUGGGUCCGGCUGUGGUCCUCAACGUCCCUCAUGCUUGUUUGAUUGAGGUUGUAGAACUUUUUGCACCACGAUGCCUGAAUAAAAUUUUUCUU